AUGUGGAAGAUACGCAGAUAUAAAUUGCGUUUUCAACGUUGCGAUAGAUUGUCCAAAGCACAGAAUCUGAUAAAGAUAACAGCCGUGACUUCUUUGUUGUUGUUUACAUUGAACAAUGUUAUAUUUUGGACAAGAAUCGGCAAAGACGCAAAAUUGGGAAGGCCACAGUUACAAAUUCGAGCACUUCUGGAUUCUCUUCUGGAAACAAAACUACAGGCCGAGAAGCUGGCAGGCGGUUACGGUUUGCACUUAGCUACAACGUGGACGAAGACGUUCCAGAAAGAUCCAGUUCAUAAGGUAGUGAUUGAGAACUGGGUCAAUAUAUCAAAACAGGUGAAGCCAGUUCUUGUCUCUCAAGAAGGAAAUAUUAGAAUGGAAGUGAACUCAUCGGAUUGGUCGAUUAUAUCGGAAGUUGAGACAGAAUGUGACAGAAUUCCAACAUUGAGAGGAGUCUUGAAGAAAAUCAUGUCCAAAUUCACAUCAAAGCUGUAUGGGUUUUCUAACAGUGAUUUGAUCUUCGGGAAAGAUUUCUGGACUUCCGUAAAAAUGGUGUUGGGACAUUCCUCAUUGUUGAAAAAGCCUAUAUUAAUCUUGGGUAAAAGGAUCAAUGUUAAAUUCAACAGAAGUGAGACGUAUCAUAUCCAUGACAUCCCAACGAUAGCCCAACGGGGAAGUUAUCCGGCGGAGGGAUCUUCUGAUAUCUUCAUUACUAAUAAACUGUUUCCAUGGUCGAAUAUUCCCAAGAUAGUGGUAGGCAGAAUGGGUUUGGGUAUGUGGAUAGUUGGAUAUGCAAGAGCACAGAAUGUUACCCUGAUUGACAUUACAAAUACAUCCACAAUACUCCACCUUACCACCAACAUAGGCAUUCAAGAAUCUGGGUAUGCCAGAAACCACAGUUUUAAUAUUGAUUUAUUACAUAAACUAGGGUUUGGUGCUGCACAUUUUCAACUCGGUUCCUUAGACUGUGUAGAUAGAUUUACGCAGUAUGAUACUGAAGGGAAGGUACAAAUACAAAAAAGAAAAGUAGAACCUGUUUGUUACGGUGGGCACUUGAAUGACUUUAUUUCAAGUGACAAAGAUUGA